AUGAAAAGCAAUAUUUUACUAAACAAACUUAUUUUAAUUUCCAUAUUUUUAUCAAUUCAUGUAUGCCAAGAGCAUGGAAACCUUAAUAUAGAUAUCAAAACAAAAUAGUCUCCUUAAAUUUAUCCUCUAAAAGAAAAUGAGCUUGGUGGAAAUACCUCUACCUGGAAUAAAACAUAUGUUUUUUAAGGCAUGAUGAUCAAUAAGAAUGCUGAUAAGGAAGUAAUACUUGAGUUAGAAAUCGAAACUCCUAUCAGCUCACAUAACUCUAUAGUUUUUGGACUAAAAAAGGACAGUGCUCUUUACUAUAAUAAUGAGACUGACACUUAUAAUGCCUUAUAAAUCGAUGUUAGAGGUUAUUAUAUGAGAAAAUAAUUCUAUCGCAUCGAAUAUUAAUUCAAAGAAGAUAUUGGUGAGAGUGAUUUAAUUUAUGUUACUAUAUAUCAAAAUACUUUAAAUCCUUAAGAUCUUAAAUAUUCGUUGAAAAUGAUAUCAACAGACUAAGAAGCUUAGAAAAGAUGCCCUUUUAACUGCUUAAAUAGAGGAAGAUGUGACUAUUAAUAAGGGCGCUGUCUAUGCUUUAGUGGAUACGUAGACUAUGAUUGCUCUAAGCCUUCUAAUUUUGUUAUGAUGCAAAAUUAGCAAUAUUCUGAAAAUAUUCAAGAAACAAUGCUUAUAAACUUAGAAUUUGAUUCUAAUUCAUUAAGAAAUGGGAAAUUUUAUCACAUUUAUAAUAAUUAAUUAGAUGGGUUUUUUUAUAUUUAAUUAAGCUUAACUUAAGAAUCUAAGUAAAAGUUAAUGAACGAAAAUAAUUAAUAAAAAUCAUUAGAAUUUUACUAUACUUUAGAUAAGUAAAAUCUACAAGGUAUUGGAGUAGCUGAUAAAAAAUUUGCUUAAUUAUCUAAAAAGAUUAUGUUAGAAGAAUUUUUAAAUUCAGAUGAUGCUAUAGAAAUUUUCUUAGAAGAAUUCCAUGCCUAACAAAAGUAAAUAAUAAGUGAGUUUGGUAAUUAAGAUUAACAAAUGCUUCUAUUCGGGUUUCGUUUAAAUGAGAGCGGUUUAAUUAAUAAUUAGGAACCUAUAAAAUUCCACAUAAAAUUUGUUUUGAAAGAAAAUAUAAAUAUCGCAAACUAGUCUAUUAACUUUUUGAAUUUCUUUAAAGAAAAUUAAGUUGUGAGUAUUCUGUUAAUUUUACUCAUAAUUCUCAUCUUGAUUCUUUUUAGUCUUAUAAUUUUCAUCAAAAGAAACUCUUUAAUAAUAUAGCAAUCAUAAUAAUAAUAUUAAGCAGCUCAACUUGAAAAGAAACUUAAAAAAGAAGAAGAAUUUCAAAAAGUAUUUGAUCUGAUCUACCAUUUUAUAUUUAAUGAAGAAAGCAAAAAGAAGCAUUGGCCACAUCUAUUUAAUUAAUCACAAGAAUCAAUUUAAAAUACUAAUUCAGAACAACCUUCAUGCUCAAUUUGUCUUUGUGAAUUUGAGUUAGAAGAUGAAGUACGUCUAACUUAUUGCACUCAUUUUUUCCAUUCAGAUUGCUUAAAACAAUGGCUUAAAAAAUAGAAAAACUGUCCAAAUUGCAGAAAUGACCUAACUGAACCAUGUCUCUAAGAGAAAAAAAAAUCACCAGCCACUUUCUUAAGAUAAAUCUUUAGAAAUAGAUUGGGAUCCAUUGACAAAAAAAAUAAGAAAGGUUAUUAGUAAUAAAUUGACGAAUUUGGAUUGAAUUUGUAACCUACUUCUUCAAUACCUACUCAUCAAGUAGAAAAGAUGGAAACAAAUAAUAAUAAAAUAAUUUAAACUAUCAAUUUGAAUUAGUUUACAAAUUUUAAGUAUAAAAGUAGCGAAAAUUUCUACAAACAGAGUCAACAAAAUCAAAAAAAGAGAUUAUAUUUAAAGUAAAAUAGCAUCAAACACAAUUCUAUGACAGAGAUUGAUGAAAUUGAAAAUAAAGAUAAAUUUAAUGAUAGUAUUAAAUAUCCAUCUAGAAAAUAUUUAAGGUAAAGCAGCAUUGAAUCUCCUUAACCUGUAGCUCUUUCUAAAUUUAAAUUGAGUGUUAAUCUAGAAAUGUAAAAAUCAAAAAUGAAUUAAUAAAACUGA